GCCUCUGGCGCCAGCUUUAUCAAAACGAAGAAGAUUUUGACAAGUGUGUUAAUUUGUCAAUAUUUUUCAAGUUUUUAGCAUGUCACACACUAAUCCUUGGUAAAUAUUAUUUAUAUCGUUAAAAUAAACACUUUCCGUUACAAACAAUGAGCACGGAGAAGCACGAAAUCACAACAAAGGAAGACUGGAUCAAACUGCUCGAAGAUAACGACGCAGUAGGUCGCAGUAACAUGAACAAACUAAUUAUGAACUAUCUCGUCACAGAGGGUUUCAAGGAGGCGGCCGAGAAGUUCCAGCAAGAGUCUGGAGUGGCACCGACAGUGAAUUUGCACUCUCUGGAUGACCGGAUGCGUAUCAGAGAUGCCAUCAUGAACGGUAGGAUCGAAGAAGCAACUACUUUAAUCAACCAAUUGCAUUCUGAGCUGUUAGAUAACGACAGAUACUUGUAUUUUCAUCUUCAACAAUUACACUUAAUCGAACUGAUAAAGAGUAACAGGGUGGAAGAGGCUUUGGCCUUUGCACAGAGUCAUCUUAGCGAAGCAGGAGAGGAAGAUCCAUGUGUACUUAAUGAGAUUGAAAGAACUAUUGCUUUGUUAGCUUUUGAAGAUCCUUUGAAUAGUCCGUUUGCAGAUCUUUUAGCACCUUCUCAUCGCCAAAAGAUUGCCAGUGAUGUCAAUGCUGCAAUUCUGAAAAUGGAGCAUCAAGAGACUACAUCGCCUAAAAUAUCAACUUUACUUAGAUUGAUCCUGUGGGCUCAGGAUAAGCUGAACAAGAAAAACGUAAAAUAUCCUAAAAUGACUGAUUUGGUUAAGGCUACGGUCUCCGAUCCCAAAUGAUGUUCGAUUUUGUCUAUUUAUAGACGAAUAAUAUAUGGGCAGAACCUUUCACAAAAUU